AUGAGCGGCGUCGUCGUGCUCUCGCAGCUUGUGCACCCAAAAUUCAAGAGUAUCGCCCGCCGCGACGUGGUCGUGUGGAAGCGAGCGCGCCUCGAGUACGAGACCUCCAUGCGGCGCGAGUGUCAACGAACGAACCGGAGCUACGCAUCGACGUGUGUUCCGGUCCGCAAUUCGUUCGCUUCCGUGGGGUUUCUCGAGUUCCUGAUGAAGACGAAGUGGGGCCUUUGGGACGACUACAAACUGCUGAACGUACCCGAAGACAAACUGUGGGAAGCGAUCAACGACAUCAUCGACAAGAAGACGAACAAGACGGCGCUCACGUACGACAAGGUUUUUACCUUGCUCGCCUUCGACCACAACGAAGAAGAUAUCGAAGACCGGCAUGGCUUCAGCGAGAAGCUCAAGAACGGCAAGAUCAAGGCGAAGAUCUUCAAGGCGCUUGUCGAACGGAUUCGUCCCCAGGAACUACUACAGACGGACGUGAAGCAGCAGAUGGAUGAGAAAAUGGCGGUCAAGGAGCAUGCUGGCCUCAAACACCUUGGGAAGAUCAUCCUGAAGCGAGCACUUCUCUUCAAGUCGUGGAGCCCCGAGACGAAGCGCUUUCGCGACAAGGAGUCGUCCGACGAAGAAGAAGAAUAGCAAGGUGCGCGCGAGAAGUAGAAGAAGCGCAAAUUCAAGCAGGAGGACACCGAGCCACCAGUGCAGGAGGAUACCGAGCCACCUGUGCAGAAGGACACCAAAC